AUGCUUCUCGAAGCCGCACUUAGAAGGCAAGGUAUCAGCCAGUCAGAAGCGCUUCAGGACAUCCUUGGUCCUGAUUAUCAAAAAUCCACUUCGGUGGUACCUUCCACUACAACUGGAGAUGCCCAGCCUCUGACACCUGCAUCAGUUGGCACUGAAAAUUUAAGGUCUAUGACUACAACACAACUUGUACGGAAGGCGGACACGGGACAAUUCAGAUUUGUUGAUAAUAGCUUAUGGUCACGCGUUGUGGAGGAGAUCCACGAUUUCGACCAAGCUCGUGAAGAAAAGUCUACUUCUGAGGAAGACUAUGAGGAAGACUCAGAAGACGACUGCGCAUUUGUGCUAGGGACAGUACCGACAAAUCUAAGUAAUCCGUUGCCACAUCCAGAUCCUGAACGCCUAGUCCAACUGUGGCAGAUUUUUGUUGAUAAUGUUGAUCCCCUCACAAAGGUUGUCCAUGUCCACACGAUAGAACCUGCUAUCAUCAAAGCCUCUAGAGACGUCAACAGUGUACCAAAGGCUUUUGAGGCACUCCUCUUCGCGAUCUACACCGCGGCUGUUAUGUCACUGAAGGACACCGAUUGUCGAAGACAGCUUGGUCAGUCUCGCAAAUCACUCCUGGGGGUCUAUAGCUCUGCCACAAGAACAGCCUUGUCACGAGUUCGAUUCAUGAAUACCAGCAAUAUCGUUGUCUUACAAGCUCUGGUACUCUACCUCAUGGCAGUGCGGGAAAUAUAUGAGCCGCGGUUGAUAUGGGUACUGACCGGGGUCGCUAUCAGGAUUGCUGAAGGGAUGGGUCUGCAGUGCGAUGGAACAUCACUUGGGCUACCGCCAUUCGAGACAGAAAUUCGACGACGGAUAUGGUGGCAAGUUAAGAUGCACGAUUUCCGAACGGCUGAGCUUGCUGGUGUCAAGAAAUUUCAGGGAAUGUCAGCAGGAAUCAACCCGCCAAAGACACUAACCAAUAUGAACGACGACGAGUUCCAUCCUGGGAUGACGAUUCCGUUGGUAGAUUCCAACGAACCGACGGAUAUGGUCUUCUGCGUUCUGCGUUCUGAGCUCGGGAAUUUCGCCGCUGCCCAUGCUCAAAAGUUUAUGGUUAACAAUGGCAAUAUUGGCUUGUGGAACGACUACAUACCUGCAAGAGACGCUGAGGAAAAAGAUGCCGCCGUCCAGAGCCUCAAAGAGAUAUUCGAUUUGAAAUACCUUCGAUAUUGUGAUCCUUCACAGCCGUUGCAGCUGAUGACGUUACUCUUUGCUCGGUCGGCGAUCCAUGUUGGACAUUUCGUUUCCCAUCAUCCUCGGCGGUGGGUCACGCUUGAAGCGAUACCGCAAUCAGAGCAAGAUUAUGUGUGGGAUUUGAGCAUCAAACUUCUCAAUAUUCACGAUAUGAUGCAAUCGGACCGGCGACUGAAGGGGUUUUCGUGGUACGCAUCUUACUACACACAAUGGCAUGCUUUCAUUCAUGUACUCGACACGCUGCGUGCGAAGCCUACAAUGAAGGGUGCAGAUCACGCGUGGCAACUUGUAGAAGCCACUUAUGAGAAUAAUCCAACCUGGAUCUCGAACAUUAAGAGGCCAAUAUAUGUUGCAGUUGGCAACCUUUGUCUGAAGGCUUUCAUUGCUCGGGAGGCCGCCCUUGCCAAGGAUGGUGGUAACCCACCUGCUGCACCACAUUUUAUCAUGGAACUUCGCCAUCACCGAGAGGCAGCGAAAAGUAAGCGGGGAUCAAACGAUAGGAAAAGAAGCAAUCCAGGUCCGAACGUCGUGCAUGAACCUCCGAAUCUGGAAAACGCAAUUCCGACCGUGAACGCCAACGACACAUCCCACGCUCAACCACCCGUGACUCAACAGCAUCCAUCACUACAGCCAAACUACCAAUUAGAGCAGGUGAACGAGAUGGCUAAUGACAGUGACACCUUCUGGUACGGCGGUGGUCACGAGGACAGAAUGCCAACCCACUUCGACGAUCCUACGAUGAUGAUGAUGAGUAUGGACUACAUAUUUGCUCCAGAUCAAGACUAUCAGGAUCCAAAUAAUGCCGGACAAGGAGUCAACUGGUCACAGUGGGAUGCGUGGCUCGCCGACUCUGGUAUGACUUUGCCGAAUGCGAGUUUCGGUAUGGAUUUCAAUGGGACUGAUUGA